UCACCCUCAAUCCAGUUCACCCUUUCACCCUCGUCAAGCCUCUAUCUCACUCACUCUCGCUCUCACUCACACUCGAUACACUCUCAGUGGGCUGUCUCCGUCGACCGAGACUCACCCUCGUUCUUCUUGGUUUAAAUCUUCUGGGUUUCAUAACUCAAUUUGUUCUUAAAGACCUUUCUAUUUCUCUCCGUUCCAAUUCAAGACCCUUUUGAUUCUUCCUCACCUUUUGUCGCCACUGUUGCUCUAAAACUUUGAUGGGUUCUCUCUAAUUCCAACUCUUCUGCAUGGGGUCUUUCUGGAGCUGCUGAGCUUUUUGACUUGAGGGGGCUCAAAGGGAAGGUUGGUUGGUAUCUAAAGAUCUGAGGGUUGAAGAAGGUUAGCUGGUAUCGCUGGGCUGAGUUAAGCUUGCUAUCCUUAAGAUAAUGGCACCUUCUACGCGAAGACCUUCAUCUCAAGCAGUAGCAAUGGCCAAAAGAAUGAGGGAAAUUCAGCUGAGAGGGACAAGGUCUAGCAAUACCAAGCGAUCCAAUGGAGCAACAUCAAGGGGAACUUCAGUACAAGCUGCAUCAAAGUUGUCAUUGAAACGACAAAAGAGAUUGAAGGGUAAAAGAGCUAUGAAAAGGGAAGGACUGAAGUUGCUUAAACGAGGGUGUGUGACAAUGUCUCGUAUAGUGAGACGAAAAAUAAUUGGAAAGAGGAUGACAGUUCAGUUCAACCAGAAAGGACAACCCAUAGGGAAAGCUGGUAAAGAAAUGCAGUCAUAUAUUGGGGUGUUAGCUCGCAAGAAGGUUCCAAUCUCGAUACCUACAUGGAAGGAUGUUUUAGUGGAACAAAAAAAUAAAAUCUGGGAAGGCAUAAAGUUGUCAUUUUUGUUGCGUCCAGAACACAAAAGAAUGGUCUUAAUCUCAGCAGGAGCAAAAUGGAGAGAGUUCAAGAGUCAUUUGACCACCCGCUACAUUCUCCCACAUAGAGAUAACCUUGAAAUUAUCGAAUCUCGACCAGAGGACUAUCUUUUCAUUAAUCAAGAUGACUGGGAGAUUUUUGUACAAGAUAGGUUAUCUGACUCAUUUCUAGAACUCCAUGAGAAACAAAAAAGAAAACGAGCCUUAAGUAAGUAUCCUCAUCGGCUGUCACGUAAAGGGUACGCUGGAUUGGAGGAAGAACUGUCUGCAACUAUGGAUGAAGCUGAACUUGAUCGUGCAACCAUGUGGAUCAAAGCACGUCAAGAUAAGAAUGGAGGAUUUAAAGAUCCUUUAGUAGAGGAGAAGGCCAAAGAAAUUGCUGAUUUGAAGAAAAAAGAGGCUGAGGGAGAGUUAAGCACUUCUGGUUCAGAUGAUGUGUUAACUUUAGCAUUAGGAAAUCCUGAGCAUACUGGAAUAAUUAGAGGUGUAGGGGCAAAUGUGAGGCAAGCUGCAUACUUUAACCUCCCAAAACGCCGAAAGCAAAGUGUUGAACAGAGUCUUAGGUUAAGUGUUCAGAAAAUAAUGGAACAAGAAAGGGAGAAGAUACUAGCAAAAGAACGAGCAAUUUGGGAGGAGAGGUUGAAGACGUUAGAAGCAAGGGUGUUGAUGAAUCCUAUGGUAACUGAAUCCCCCAAAGAUUCCACCAUUGAUAGGGAAGUUGGUUCUGGACAAGGAAGUUCAAAUAUGCAUGAGAAGGCUGCCAACGCAAUUGAAAAACAGAUUCCCUCCACUGUUAGAAAGUCUUUGGAUUUAGAACCUCAUGUUGAGGAGCCUGUGGAAGUUGUGAAUCCCAUUGAUGGUGUGAAUUUGAAUGCUAUUGAGAAGGGUCAGCCAAUUGGUCUCGUGGUUGUUGAUCUGGAAAUCCAGGAGGGUGAAUUUCAGGCACAGACAAUUGGGAAAGAGUGCCAUUUAGCUUUAGGUUCAACCGAUAACGUUGUAGCUAUUGCAACAGUUAUAGAAGUCAAUAAUGAAAACAACAGCCAGCUUAUCCAUGGUGUUCCAUUGGGCGAGGGAAACAUGCGUGUAUCGAUUGUACGCUCUCUAGUGGAUGAAGCCAAGCUUCCAUUUCCAAUCGAAAACGAAAUAAUGACGGUUCGUGAUGCUAUUGGGACUUAUGUGGCUUGGCCUAAAAACCUUAUUGUUUUUCCAGUAGAGUUUCAGAAAAUGGCAGCAAAGAGUAGAGGAAUGAGAAAGAGAAAAAGAGUAGAAGAAGAUGAGUAUCAUGAAGAAGAUAUAGACAUGGCAUCAUUGCCAACAACCCUCCCUCCCUCCCUCCCUUAA